AUGCGAGACCCCAGUGGCUGGGGCCCGGCUGCAGAGCCAGGUUGGCAUUUCCAGAUUGGGGCUCGGGCCGCACCCUCUCUAGGACCCUCCCCUUGUACCAAGCAGAUUGUCGCGGAUUAUGAAGUAUGGAUCAUUACUUCUGGGAUGUGGAUAUAUUCAGUGAACAAGGAGCAGCUUGCAAGAGCUGGAUUUUAUGCUUUAGGUGAAGGUGAUAAAGUAAAGUGCUUUCACUGUUGGGGGGUGGCGGUAACUGAUUGGAAGCCCAGGGAAGACCCCUGGGAACAACAUGCUAAAUGGCAUCCAGGGUGUAAAUAUCUGCUAGAACAGAAGACAUGAGAAUAUAUAAACAAUAUUCAUUUAUCCUAUUCACUUGAGGAGUGUCUGGUAAGAACUGUUGAAAAAACACCAUCGCUAACUAGAAAAAUUGAUACCAUCUUCCAUAAUCCUAUGGUAUGAGAAGCUAUAUGAAUGGGGUUCAGUUUCAAGGACAUUAAGAAAAUAAUGGAGGAAAAAAUUCAGACAUCUGGGAGCAACUAUAAAUCACUUGAGUUUCUGGUUGCAGAUCCAGUGAAGGCUCAGAAAGAUAGUACACAAGACGAAUGAAGUCAGACUUCAUUGCAGAAAGAGAUUAGUACUGAAGAGCAGCUAAGGCGCCUGCAAGAGGAGAAGCUUUGCAAAAUCUGUAUGGAUAGAAAUAUUCCUGUCGUUUUUAUUCCUUGUGGACAUCCAGUCACUCGUAAACAAUGUGCUGAAGCGGUUGACAAAUGUCCCAUGUGGUACGCCGUCAUUACGUUCAAGCAAAAAAAUUUUAUGUCUUAA